AUGAGCCUCGCACACGCUACCGCCGAUAUCGACUCCGAGCAAGGGGGGCUUCCCGACGAGAAGCAGCAUUCGCAUGACCUCAAGGAGCAUCUCCAUGGCCACCAGUUCAGCACCGAGCCUGAGGACGUCGCUGUCGUCCAUUCGGAUGAGAAUGAGCUCCACCGCAGCUUGAAGGGCAGGCACAUGCAGAUGAUUGCUGUUGGUGGCGCCAUUGGAGCUGGUCUGUUUGUCGGGACGGCCGGUGCCUUUCAAUCCGGUGGACCUGCUUCCGUUCUGAUCGGUUUUAUCAUCGUUGGCUUUAUGAUUUACCUCAUGAUGCAGGCUCUCGCAGAGCUCUGUGUCAUGUAUCCAAUCAACGGUGCCUUCACCAUGUACGCCGUGCGCUUUAUCGACCCCUCCUGGGGUUUCGCCGUCGGCUGGCAGUACGCCGUCAACUGGCUCACUAUCUUGCCCUUCGAGAUCUCGGCGGCUUGCAACAUCAUCCAUUACUGGCAAGGCUCUCUGGACAUUAACGAUGCUGCCUGGAUUUGCCCCCUGUUGUUCGCUCUGAUCUGUAUACAGUACUUUGGCAUCAAAGGAUACGGCGAGGUCGAAUUCGGUCUCAGUAUACUCAAGAUCACGGCUUGCACCGGUUUCAUACUCCUAGCUAUCAUCAUCAACUGUGGUGGUGUACCGACUGACCCCCGAGGCUACAUCGGCGCAGCCUAUUGGCAUUCGCCUUACUCGGCCUUCCUCAACGGCUUUAAGGGUUUCUGCGGCGUUUUCGUCACUGCAUCCUUUGCCUACAACGGCACUGAGCUCACAGGACUUGCCGCAGCGGAGACCAAGAACCCCCGAAAGGAGAUUCCACGAGCGUCGAAGCAGGUCGUCUUCCGGAUCGGACUUUUCUACAUCCUUACCCUCUUCCUCAUCGGCAUCUGCCUGCCCGCAACCAGCCCGCUGUAUACUGAGAAUGCCACUGGGGGUGAAUCGCGACACUCUCCGUUCGUGCUUACUAUUAAAGCGGCCAACAUCAAAGUUCUGCCGUCCAUCUUCAAUGCCGUCAUCUUGAUUUCAGUGAUGAGUGUGGCAAACUCUUCAACUUUCGGCUUUACUCGUACCGCUCAGGCGUUGGCAGCAAAUGGUAUGGGACCUAAAAUCUUUGCAUACGUCGACAGGAAGGGACGACCCCUUGCUACCACGGUCGCGCAGCUUUUGUUUGGAUGCCUUGCGUUCAUCAACCUUGCGAAGAAAGGCGGCACCGUCUUCAAUUGGCUCUUAGCGCUGUCAGGUAUCGGCUCAUUCUUCGUCUUUGGAAGCAUCGCUGUUGCUCAUAUUCGCUUCCGUUUGGCCUGGUCCUACAACGGCCAUUCGAAGGACGAGAUUCCGUAUAAGGCAGCCUUUGGUGUCUGGGGCUCCUACCUCUGCGCGGUCCUCAACUUCGUCUGCCUUAUGGCGUCGUUCUACAACGCUCUCUAUCCGGUGGGAGGACCGACGCUAAAUGCCGAGAACUUCGUCGAGGGCUACCUUGCUGCGUUCUUCAUGCUUGCCUUGUACAUUGGCUGGAAGACCUACAGCUGGUUCGCGAUCCCGGCCCAUCGACCAUUGUACAUCAAGAUCAAGAACAUCGACAUUUACAGCGGCAUGCGAGAAGAGCAGCGAAGAAUCAUCAGCGGCGAGGGUGUGCCCGAGGAAACACGCCGCGCUAGCGUCGCUGAGAUGCAAGAGGAGAAUAAGAAGAACCAUUCUUUGAAGACGCUCCCAAUGCGAGUCGUCCGAAGCCUGUUCUGA